AUGGUGAGCGAUUCGGCAAAAAUCCUUGCCCUGGUCGUCACGGCAAUAAAAAAUCUUCGCGAAUUGAAAGGCUCGACUUCUCGAGAAAUUUUACAUUAUCUCUCGUCCGUCUACGAUAUCUCACCAAAUGUGGCGCGUCGUCAGAUGCAGACCGCGUUAAAGCGCGGCGUCGCUUACGGUAUCCUGAAGAAGAACGGGGGCUGUUACAUUCUACCGACGAACAGCGAGAUAAAUUGCCAAGAAAUUGCCGAACAGGAGGUCAAUCUACUGGACGUCUGUCGCAGAAAUAGAAUGCAGAAAAAAUUGGGCUGCAAGUGUAAGAAGAGACGGCGUAGACGUAGAAGGAGGAAAAGAAGGUUCUGUAGAUGUAAGCGGAGACGAAGGAGGAGAGUAAGAAGACGAAGCAGAGUUUGCGGAAGGAGGAGAAGGAGAAGGAAGAGGAAGUGUCGUUGCGGUGGUCUAGGAAAAAAUCUAAGGAGAGGCGAUCCAGAUAGGACGAAACGGGCCGGGAUGCCUCGUGCAGUCGAAAACUUUCCAAAUGGAAGACUCUUCGAACCGGAGGCUUACGAUUCCGCGGCCAGCGAGAAAACCUCUUUGUCCAGCAUCACCUCGGCCACAGACUAGAAACGUUCAUCCGUAGAUAUAUCGUGGGUCGCUUUAAUUUUUGCAAGAUCUUUGCGUCGGAAGGUAGGAU